AAAUGGAGACUCUGCAAGCUUUCCCUCCAAUUUCCUUUUGCCUCUGCAGCUCUUCCAAAACCAAGAAGAUCAAACGCCGACAGCUAAGAAACCACCCACAACAAAGCUCCAGCAUCACCACCACAGCAACAACCAUAACUGAUCUCUCUUCCUUCUCAAAACCAUCUUCUCCGACUCCUCUCCUCGUUAACCAAUCUCCACAAUCCCAAACCAAACACCAAGCGCUCGAUCAAAUCGUCCAAGAAAUCCGAGCCUCUCUCGACCGCCAUAUCAAAAUCGAACCCAAGAUCUACUCCUCUCUCCUCGAGACAUGCUUCCGCAUGCAAUCCCUCCACCACGGCAUCAUCAUCCACCGCCUCAUUCCCCCCACCCUCCUCCGCAAGAGCGUCGACCUCUCAUCCAAGCUCCUCCGCUUGUAUGCCUCCUUCGGCCUCGUUGAUGAAGCCCACAAGCUGUUCGACCGAAUGCCGCAGCGGCAUGCGACUGCGUUUGCUUGGAAUUCUCUCAUUUCUGGCUAUGCCGAACUGGGUCUCUACGAAGACGCAAUGGCCCUUUAUUACCAAAUGGAGGAAGACAAGGUCGAGCCCGACCGAUUUACCUUCCCACGAGUGCUCAAGGCGUGUGCGGGACUCGGAUCGAUCCAGGUUGGCGAGGCCGUCCAUCGGCACAUAGUCCGUUCUGGAUUUGCUGAUGAUCCAUUUGUCCUCAAUGCGCUCAUUGACAUGUAUGCCAAAUGCGGUGACAUUGUAGGAGCUCGGAAGGUCUUUGAUACGAUCUCUCACAGGGACAUGAUUUCAUGGAAUUCAAUGUUGGUGGGUUACGCCAGACAUGGACUUUUAGUUGAAGCUCUUUGCAUCUUCCGUCAGAUGACUGCGGCAGGUUUUGAACCGGAUUCGGUGGCCAUCUCUACAAUUCUCACCAGAUUUGCAGCUUCAAGGCUUGGAUUAGAGAUUCACAGCUGGGUUAUUAGGCGGGGACUCGAUCAGAAUCUAUCUGUAGCCAAUUCAUUGAUUAGCAUGUAUGGGGUGAUGGGCCAGCUGCAUCAUGCAUUUGAAGUGUUUGAAGGAAUGGGGGAAAGAGAUACAGUGUCCUGGAAUGCUAUCAUUUCAGCUCAUGGUAAACAUGGAAGGCAAGCACUAAUGAUUUUCCAGCAGAUGGAGAAUUCAGGAGUAUCUCCAGAUGACAUUACAUUCAUUUCAUUGCUGUCUGCCUGCGCACAUUCAGGUGCCGUAGAAGAGGGGCGACAGCUGUUUGCAAAGAUGGAAGAGACGUAUGGAAUAAAGCCAUGGAUGGAGCAUUGUGCAUGCAUGGUGAACCUCUUGGGAAGGGCGGGGUUCAUUGACGAAGCAUAUGACUUCAUUACAAAGAGGAUGGCCUUUGAGGGCGGGCCAACGGUGUGGGGAGCUUUGCUGCACGCUUGCUCGGUCCACGGGAAUGUCGGUGUGGGUGAGAUUGCUGCUGAGAGGCUGUUUGAGCUGGAACCUGACAAUGCACAUAAUUUCGACCUUAUGAUGAAGAUCUAUGUGGAUGCAGGGAGAUGGGAAGAUGAGGAGAGGGUGAGAAAGAUGAUGAGGAAUAGAGGUUUGGAUACUUAGAAUUCAGAUGGAGAAAUGCAGAGGAUCAAGAUCUUCGUUGCAGGCCCACUUGCCAGCAUGGCCUUGACUAGUCUGAUUUUCGUGCUAGGGUAAAUGCUGAGGCCCACCUGACAAAUGGCAUGGAUCUCGCACAAGUGUGCUGUUAGUAGCCCUAUCAGGGCUCAUCUACUAUUGAAAGGAAGUGUAUGGGAGGUUACUACAGGAAGUUUGAGCUAUUGGACUGCCAAGAGCAUCUGGAAACGAUGUUACUUCACAGGUGGGCUGCAUAAAAGUUCAGUGCAAUUCUCUGCUUGUGGUGGACGCAGCAAACGGUCUGGUGAUUAGAACUGCUGUUCUGGUGGGCCAGUAUGUGGAUGGUUCAUAGCUAAAAAAGCUAUGGGUAUUAGACCAUUGUAUAAAACAUUCAGCUGUAGACUAUCACAUCAGUUAAUGGAUACUGUGCUUGGAAGAAGAAAAAAAAAAACUCAUUUUAUUUGAUUGAUUGUAUAAGGGUGCAUCUCCUGCAAAUUGAACUGAUCAAUCAUGACAUUUUAAGAAAUUUCAUAAUGUUUGGUGUAACCAAACGCAUGGAUACCACUGAUAUCAUGCUUCUAUGCUUUAUUUAAGAGAGGCAUGUGGCAUGAGCAACCCAUGUGGAGAAAGCAAGAUGGGAGAGAUUGGAAAGGAAAGAUACAGGCCAUUUGAAGACA